CCCCAAAAAAAAAUAUUCAGUAACUACGACUUGGUUGAUUUUCCAGAGACAACCCAUCACUUCGUCUUGAUGUGAAAGUGUCAAAUUGGGGUUCUGUCGUAUAUUGUUCUUUGAUAGCAAACUUGAGUCAGGAAGGAUGAGAACAGCAGAAGACUCCUCGGGUACGGUCCUCCACAGGCUGAUUCAGGAGCAGCUGCGAUAUGGGAACCUUACAGAUAACCGGACCCUGCUGGCUAUCCAGCAGCAGGCACUGCGGGGAGGGAAUGGCAGCCCACGGUCCUCUUUGGAAAGCCUCACCCAGGAGGAGUGUCAGAUGGUGCAGCAUUCCACACGCCAGGAGCCCCAGGGCCAAGAGCACCAGGGCGACCACGCUCACUCCGAACACUUGCUCCAUCGCAUGCACCAGCUUCAGCUCAAUGGGGAAGAGCUUCCUACCUACGAAGAGGCGAAGGCUCACUCUCAGUUUCUAGCUGUGCAAAGGAACCAGCAGGCUGGAGGCACAGGCUAUUGCGUGGUUGCUGGAACAAACCAGAAAGCCUACCCCGAAGGCACAUCCGUGGCCCACGUUGAUUACCCACCCCACAGCCAUCACGAUGAAGCACUCAAGGAAUUGAAACAUGGACAUGUGCGGUCUCUCAGUGAGAGACUCAUGCAGCUCUCUCUGGAAAGGAAUGGGGCCAAAGCUCAGAUGACCAUGAGCUCUUCGCAGAGCUUUCCUCAACUGUCCAAACAUCAUCACAAGUACCCAGUGCUUGCUGGAUGCCAGGCACCUUUCCAGUCCACAGACCCUCGAGGCCCUCCUCCAGAGUACCCUUUCCGGAUCACAUCAGCAGCUCCUAUGCUCAGCCACUCCCAGCAGCAUGGCUCCUUUUACAAUGAAUCAGUGAUUCCAUAUAUUCAGUGCCAGCAGAACAUGCAAGAGAGCAGUUACUGCAGCCAGCCUCAAACAGCCAGGGCAACUCGGAUUCAGGCUCUGCAUUCUAUGCAGCAGAACGGCUUCAUGUCCCCCACCAACACUUUGGGAGCGGAGGCAGUAAUGGCGGCUGAAGGCGAUGCCCAGAUUAUGCACGUUGAUCAUGUGGCACUCAUAAAUCGUGCCCAGCAGAUGGUGGAGAUGCUUCUGAAAGAGAAUGAAAAUCUGAGGAAGGAACUUGAUGGCCACACGGAAAAGUCAGCAAAGAUUCAGAAGUUGGAAAGAGAAAUCCAGAGGAUUUCUGAAGCGUAUGAUAACCUCAUGAAGGCAUCAUCCAAACGAGAGACUCUGGAAAAAGCAAUGAGGAACAAAAUGGAGGGAGAAAUCCGAAGGCUGCACGAUUUUAACCGUGAUUUAAGAGAAAAGCUGGAAUCUGCUAACAAAAUGUUAGCCAACCGAGAAUGUGAAGUCUCACAAAAUGAACAGAACACACUCAGCAAGUUGAUACAUCAAAACAAAGAUCACCUGAAGGAAAAAGAAAAGCUUCAAAGAGAACUCUGCUUGUUCCGCAGCGCAAACGAAGACCAGCGGAGACGGACGCAGGCCCUCGAACAGGCGCUCAACAGCACACAGACCAAAGUCGUCAAACUCGAAGACGAGUUGCGGAAGAAAAGAGCGUACGUAGAAAAAGUGGAGAAACUACAGCACGCUUUGACACAGUUACAGGCGGCCUGUGAAAAACGGGAACAGCUGGAACUCCGGCUGAGAAACCGACUGGAGCAAGAGUUGAAGGCCCUGCGAACACAACAGCGUCAAGCAACACCGCAGACUCCCGGUGCGUCGGAAUACAGCGCGCCUGCCUUAAUGGAGUUGCUCAGAGAAAAGGAAGAGCGGAUCUUGGCUUUGGAAGCUGACAUGACCAAAUGGGAACAGAAGUACCUGGAGGAGAGCACCAUGCGGCAGUUUGCGAUGGACGCUGCUGCCACAGCUGCAGCCCAGAGAGACACCACGAUAAUCAAUCAUUCCCCACGGCAUUCCCCCAACAGCAGCUUCAAUGACGGCUCUGUUGAGAAAAACAUUUACUUUGAGAACGGAGACAUCAUGAUUGCCAAUCAUCGCCACCAAGAAAUGGAGAGCAGGAUUAAGGCGUUGCAUGCACAGAUCCUGGAGAAAGAUGCCAUCAUUAAAGUCCUCCAGCAACGUUCUAAGAGGGACCAGACCAAAAUGGAGCAGCCCAGACUCAGGCCAGCCAAGUCCGUUCCAUCCAUCACAGUGGCUUCGGGCAUGAAUUGCAACCGAGUGUCUCAGACAGGUUCUUUGAACCAACUAACCAACGAGAGGAUCACUGACAAAACACCAAAAGUCACUACAGGCGCUCUGUUGAAUAAAGGCCUGAGAGUGGAUCAAGCUGCUGUCUCGGCCUCUCUUCCCCCUACGUCCCACGCCAAACAUGGAAGCAGAGAUGGCAGCACUCAAACUGACAAAGUAGCAGAGAAUGGACACACAGACUUUCCUCCCCAAAGCAGUUCACAGGAAGCCAGCCACAAGGCGACUUCUUUGGAUACCUCAGAGCUGCCAAACCAAAUGCUUCCCAAUGCAGUUAGAAACCUUGAAUCAUCAGACACGGAAAUGGUCGAAAUUCUCAUCUGAAGGGUUAACUAGAAACUGUUUGACGAGAGAUGGUGGACUUCUAUGAAACAUAAACAUCUCCAAUAUUCGGAUUGCCUUCCUUCCCCUCCGAUUGCAAGAUGUGAAAAGAACAUUCAAACAAGAGUGUCCAUAAGCUGCUAUAAAAGACUUGUGUUUGAGAGUAUGCACAGGACAAGAGCAGAGCUAGUCUUUGUGGAAAAAAAGUGCGCCUUUGCUGAGUGACAGGAGACACUCAAGAGCUACUCCUAUCUAUUCGAAGUGUUGUGAAGCUAUGUUGUGUGUUGGACAGGUCGAUCUUUUUGAGUCAGUAUUUUUUUCACAUAA